GCGAGAAAGAAGGGAGAGAGGUGUUCUUUUUGAGAGUGUGAGGAAGGGCAAGAGGAGUGUUCGUCCAAACGUGAGGAGAGAGCGGACCCCUCUUGAGAGAACUGCUAACACCCCUUCCUCCGGCAUGGCAGACAUCACAUCUGCCCAAUGGCAGGCCAUGCUGAACGCAGCAGACGAGAACGAGAAACCGUUUUUCCAAAAGCUUUAUGAUGAUGCCGUGCAAAGGGAAAGGAAGGCAGAGGCAGCAGCCAGAGCCACAAGCAUAGCUGCCCAGGUGGCCCUCCUUCAGGUCCCGGAAGCCAAUGCUGAUCGGUUCCAGGAGAGGCUAGCUGCUGCCGUAGCAGCCUUGGUUCGACUGCGGAACUUAAAAGACCUUGAGUCCCGUGUAACAGCACUGGAGCAGCGGAACCAAGAGCUGCAGGCUGAGAUAAUCAGCCUCAAACAGUCUCAACUGUCUACCCCCCGCCCUCCUAACCCUCGACCUGCUGUAGUCCCAGUCCCAGUCUCUCAAUCUAAAACAGUCCUCAUGGCAAGAGCAAGUGGAACUGUGACAAGCGCAGGAACCGGUGCCAGCUCCUCAAGCGGCAGCGCCGACAGUUCUGCACUAGUCAUAGUCCCAAAUGCAGGGACAUCAGCCCAAAACGGCACAGUCCUUACUGGCGUUCAGUACARCGGUCYCGUAGUGGACAAGCGGGCGGCCACCUUGCCRUCCAAGURYGACGGGAAAGCGGAUAUCACCUCUUGGAUUAGUUCCAUGCGCUCAUACUUCGAGGUCAUGCGGACACCGCAAGAAGACCGAAGCAUGAUCAUGGGCACUAAUAUUGAGCCCGCCGUAUGGAACCACAUUGAACUCCAAGCUGUUGCUGCAGGUUAUGAAAGAAUUGACCUGACCGAGUGGCUGAAAGUAACCCCUGUACGCACCCUUGAGGACCUUCUCAUCACGCGAUACCAAGAUAAGCAUGCUGCGCUCAAGGCUAGGCUGAAGCUUGAGGCCCUCAAGGGCCAAACAUGGAGGUCCUCCAUGCAGGCUUUGGAACAACACUUGACUGGUCUGUUCACCACUCCAGACCUGGGAAUGACCGACGUGUCUUGUAUGGAUGUAGUCAUGGGAGUGGCCCCUAAAGAAUACCUCUCCCUGCUAGGACUCAAAGACCAUACCAUUUGGCGAGAGCUCAUGACGGAUCUAGUCAACCUAGAGGCCAAGGACCUCGCCAGGCGUAAGAAGGCGCCCGCUGCAGGUGGAAAACCACAACGCAAGCGGUAUGGAAACAACAACCAGCUUGCCCUGCAUGAACAUCGGGAGGCUGAAGAUCAGUCCUACGCGGAUGAUCAGUCUCUAGAUGACGAUCUAGAGUCGGUCUCCGAUAUGGGCUGUUCCACAUCAGCCAUUGAGUCUGACGUAAACGAAGAUGAAAAACUUAAUGAGACUGCUUCAAACAAGGGUUCUAACCGUGGUUCAGGAGCAGUAGAGCAGCUGCAGCGGACGACGACGACGACGAAGAAGAAGAAGGCGAAGAAGAAGAAGAAGAAGAAGAAGAAGAAGAAGAAGAUGGCGUGGACGGGGGUGUCAGAGAAUAAGUUGAGCAUCUUUCAAUGGACAGCAGAUGCAAAGGAACAUAUCGAGCUCAUUCGAAAAGCUAAGUUUCGGAUAGGCGUGCCAAAAAUAAGGGAAGGGGGAGCAUCGGACACUCUGGCGGACUCACUGCUGACCGAUUUGCACGGUGCUUGCGCCCAUCUCUCGGAAACACUUUAUCAGAAAGACACGCACUUCAUCCUUGAGUUGAUCCAGAAUGCCGAAGACAAUACCUACCCGGGCGACGAACGGCCAACUCUGAUGUUCGUCUUAGGAGAGGGGGAUCCAACGGUGGAAGUGGCAGCAGAAGUCGAUCGUCAGAAUCCAAGCACGAUUAACGACAACUCCAGGCACCAACUAACGUUGGCCGUCUACAACAAUGAGGUGGGGUUUCAAAGUGAGAAUGUGGAGGCUCUCUGUGGAAUUUCAAAGUCGACGAAGAAGAACAAGGAGUUUGGCUAUAUUGGAGAGAAAGGUAUAGGAUUUAAGAGUGUAUUUCUUGUCUGCAAACGCCCGUGCAUUUUGAGCGGGGGAUAUCGGUUCAGCUUUGAUGAGGCGAUGGAUUCCGAUGCCGGCAUUGGCUACAUCGUACCAACGUGGCUCGAUGAGAAUAAGGCAACUGUCUCUCAGCUAAGCAAGUUCCAUUUGCAAGACGCAUUUCGAACAGCAAUCCUAUUACCGCUUAAGCCAGAGAAAGGGGAAUCUGUCCAGCGCCAACUGUGUGAAAUUGCUCCGGAGACUCUGCUUUUCCUCAGAAAACUGCAGGUCUUAGUGAUAUACGAUUUGGUUAACGGAAGUUUCAUGGCAUUUGACAGGAAGCCUGACAAGAAAACCGGCGUGGUGGAAUUGGGAAAGAAAACAGUGGGAACUGAAACUUCUGUGCGGUAUUGGCUACACCAAGCUGUAUUCGAUGUGCCGGCGCAGAUUGUCGAGGAGAAGAGGGUUGGCAUUACGAAAUGGACAAUCUUUGUAGCGUUUCCGUUUUGCAAAAGUGCGGAAACAGAUGAAGAUGCACAUGAUGUCUUUGCUUUCCUGCCUACAGAGAUCAGAACUGGCUGGCCUUUUCUGAUCAACGCGGACUUCUUGCUCGUCGCAUCGCGGGAGGCGAUACUGUUCGAUAGACCGUGGAACGUGGGGCUGCUGCAAUGUAUGCCAGUAGCCUUUGUACAGGGGUACUUGGAUUUACAGAGAAGAGCAAGGUCGUGCGUUUUGUCGCUUUCGUCGAAGCAAUACGACGUCUUGCGGUUUGUGCCGCUGCGUACUGUCGCCAAAGAUUUGGAAAGUGUGAGGAAGCAGAUGAUCGCUUGUCUUAGGUCGCAGGAAGUUAUUCCUGUGUCAAAGUUGUUUGAAGAAGGAGAGAAUGCAGCAGCAGAAGGAGCUUCAGGGAGGUCUCGGUCUGCGUCCGGGCAGGGCUCCGGAAGCAGCAGCAGCUCGUCUCCACCUUCGAUUACGUUGGCUAGAAGCUCGGCUGCAUUUGAAAACGAAGGAACCGCCAACUUGGGAGGUGGCAAGCGGAUAGGGAGGGGUGAGAGCCCGGAGGCAAAUUCGGCAGAGGAGGGGACGGUAUGGUGUAGCCCAAAGUGUGCGAGGAUGGCUGAUCCCGACUUUGUUAAAUUCUUGUGGAGAGUGAAGAACUCCGGGCACCCCAUUCCUUUUUGGUUCGGUACGAAAAAGGAAACGGGUGGCCAGGGAUCUUCACCAUCCACACAUAGUGGGAAGCGGGGGGUGAAGUGGAGGAUGUAUCUUGUUGAUGAAGAUGCUCAGCAGAGGUAUUACGGCCAGCUUGUGGAGUUGGGAGUUCAGUCUAUGACCAAAACGUGCUACUGGGACUGUGUGGGACUUGGUGACUGGUGUGAAAACCUCAGUGAAGCUCUCUACGUAGAGCUGCUUGCAGUUUUCGCAAAUGGCCAGUUUUUAGGAAAGGAGGACAUGAUGAAGAACGGGGUUAGACUUCUCCGUGUGGAUGGGGAAGAAAAACUGUCGGAAUCGACAAAUGAAAGACCUAUAUAUCUGCCACCUAUGGAGCGGGAUGACUGGUUGGCCACGUGCAUCGAGCAGCUGCAGACCGUAGCGCCAGUGCGGCUGUUUUCGAAGCCAGUGUAUAAGACGAUUUGCUACUCCUCUUCAGGCUUGUCCAUUGUUGGCAUGCUGCAAAAGUGCUUGAAUGUGAAGAGACUCACUGUGGAGAGCUAUGCGUUCCACGUCGUCCAAGCUUCACUUCAGCUGGCGGACCCGGAGAAAGUUCUGUUGGUCGCGGACUUCUUCCGCAAUGCCCUCGAACGGUACACAUUGCCUGUUCCAACCGCCAUUACCUGGCUCUCGAUGAUUCCACUACUGCAAGAAAAUGGCAGCAUCAUUCAUCGGGGAGUGAUGCGCCGAAAGGGUUAUAGAUUUGUUCCCACAUCAAUAAAUUGCAUCCCGGUGCUGAUGCCUCAAUCUAUGAGCAAGUGGCCAGAUCUGCUGGAAGGUGAUACCAGCUGGGAGGGAAAGGUAAUCAAGCUGUCUGAAGCAUACUUGCGGAACUCACCCCCCCUCGAGGGUCGCGAGAAAGAGCAAGGGAGCCCCCAAUUUCAUGGAAGUGGGGGGCCGCAGGUUUCAGGACAAAAUCCUCAGGAGUUACAAGACCAGCGCAGCAAACGUGAGGAUUUCAUAAGAAAGCACUUAAAAGCUGUGGAUGUUUUCAGUCUCGAACCAUCAGGUGACGCGGAACUGCAAAUCCUUCACCGUUCCUCCCCGGAUGGCCUCCCUGCCAAGAAGGUGAUGAUCCUGAUUGAGUGGCUCGGAAAGCUGCUCUUUAAAUAUGGAAGACAUGGGCAUGGGGCACCGGACUUGUGCGAUCUCAAGAGGGAGUUGAAAAGUAAUCGCCUUCCUCCUUUUUGGCAGGCCAUCCACCAGUGUUCUUGGGUGCCAACAUCCUGCGGCGGCCGGAGACCUGUUGAGGCAUGGUUUCCUCGUAAAGAGAUAACUGACGUACUCGGAGAUGCCAUGCCAUUGAUUGUUCGCGAUGCAUUGGUACUGACGGAACGAGCGAUGGAAACGCUGCAGCGCAUUGGCGUAAAAACAAGCAUCACUUCGGAAGAUGUUUACUCUCACCUAUUGCAGCUCUCUCAGUAUCCUGCAUCUCAGACUACCGCUAAAGCCGUCCAGCGCCUUUACAAGUUCUUGAGGAAGGAGGGAUUCACAGUUGGCAGGGGCUUAAGCUUUCCUGUUUGGUAUUGCGCACGAAACAGUCAGGCAAACGAAAGUUCAAGAUGGUGUGAGCCAUCGGAGUGCUUGUGGGAGGACGAGGACGGCUUGUUUGCUGACAGCUUACCCGUACUGAAGGACGUGUACACAAGCGACUUGCAGCAAUGGUUCAAAUGGUUAGGUGUGCAUGUGCGGCCGACGAUUGACCACUGCCUUCAGAUCUGGCUGGACCGGACUCCACCGUGCAGAGCAAGGGAGGAUGCGGCUUAUGUGGACACCAACUUCGCAGGGAAGGUCUGGGCCUUGAUUGCUCGAUAUGCUAACGAGGCUCAGAAGUCCAAGGUCUGGGCAGUGUUCCAAAGGACAGCAAUGCUCCCACUUGCCGCCGCAAAGGCAGGUGAAAGUGGUGGUGGUCGUGCUGGCGUUCCUGGAGGCAGGGAGGUUAAGCAGACAUCAUCUGCAGCUGGAGCUGUUGGACAUUCAAGGCUUCAGCUGGGAGAACCAAGCAGGUUGUUUGUCCCUGAUGAUUUGCUGCUGGAGAAGGUCUUUGUAGAUCAUGAUCCCACACUGCCAUUGGUCUGGCUUCCAGACAUUGCCGAUCCGCGGCAGUUGCAAAAGCUCUUCCACCUGUGCAAGGUCAUGGGCGCAAGUUCGUUGAGCGAAGCGAGCACAAUGAAAGUGACCCGAAAAGGAAGGAGCUUACCACUCCCUCUGCCGCGCGAUCUUCAUGUUGAGAUUCGACCAGGUCAUAGAGCUCCAGAACCUGUGCUUGGAGAUCCUCUUUUCACUGCAGUGUUGGGAUUUCGGUACCUGCCAGGGGUGACGGAUCAUUUCGAUAGGGAAGCGUAUCAUACGUGCGUCUCUCCUCUUGUGAAGGCACGGGAGUGUCUUGUUGAGCAAAUGGAGGUUGAGCGCAUUUUGAUGAGCCAGCACACGAAAAAGGGCAAAAAGUUGCCAUCGCACGUUCGUGUGAAGGCAGUGGAGCAGUGCACAGCCUAUUGGGACAAAGACGAGAACAUCUUAUACCGAACUCUGGAGCCCAUUAACGAUCAUGUUGCAGGGUUGGGCGGAAUCACUCCGCUGAGGCGUACUGCAGAAUUGGCGGAGGCUGUGUCGUUCGGGGUUCUCCCAUCGCAUCCCAAAGAGUUGGUGAAGAAAUGUACAGAAUUUUUGAGAAACUUUCUGUCGGCUCGUCUGCUGACCAUGGAGGCCAUUGAAUACUUGCUUAUGCAAAACAACAUUCGGUUAUCAAUGGCGGAUCGUCAAUUCAUUCGCGACGCGAAGGUGUCUCCAACAAUAAAUCAGAAAGAAACACAAAUGGAUGAGGACACUGGUGCAGCGAAUGGUGAUGCAAGUGGCGAAGAGGGGAUGAUGGGGGAUGGAGAUGUGGCCGUCGAUGCCCUCACGGUUCCAUUGCCAUUGGCUGCUGCUGGCGAUUCGGCUGCAGCUCAUUACUCAGAUGCUUCUGCCGCUGAGCCUAAAACCAUGCAGGAUACCAUAAUUGAGGACAUGGAGGGAGAACUCAACCCCAGGGCAUCAGCUUCAACAAUAAGGGAAGGGGAACAGAGUCAGUCAAAUGCUCUCCGCCGUGGCCGGCAUUCUGGAAUCACGAUGUCGUAUCCGAUGGAGAGGGAUGCAGAACCCUCUGCAGGGUUCAGAGGAGAGAAGAAAGCACUACACACAGGUGCGCGAGGCAAGCCGAGAGACAAGCUCGCCACGAGCAGAGCCGAUGCCAUUAUGGAGCACACGACUUCUCAAGAAGAGAGUGCAGCCUCUGCACCUGUUGUUGGGGAGUCCGCAAGGAGGAGAAGAUAUGCUAACUUAGAGGAGUAUAUGACAUCCCAAGAAGGUGCGACCUCCGCACCUGCGGUGAGCCGCCAUGCUCGUGCUGCCCCGGCCUCGAAGGGUCCUGUUUUUUCUCUUUCUGACGAUUCAGACGAGAGAGUAGUCAUGAUGCCAGCAGAUGAGGAGGGGUUGAAACGCAAUAUGCGCGCGGCGUUAAAGGUUGUGAAUGACAGGAUCGGUGAUAUUGAAGGAGAUCCCAAGCAGGCAGUAUUUUUCCCCGACGAGCAUUACUCGAAACUUCACUGGUGGGUACAGACGUCCCAGCUCAGAGUGAGGGCUAUACUUGGUCUGCCGCCGCACGAUGCGAUUGCAGAGUCCCUCAACCGCGCUCUGAUGCUAGCAUUCCUCCAUCCUUCGUACUUUGGGACGCGAAUGCCGAGCUAUGAACGGCUUGAAUUCUUUGGCGACUCGAUCCUAGAUGCGUGUGUGGCCGAUCGCCUCUUCUGCAUGCACCCACAGGCACACGAAGGCGUCUUGACGGAGAUGAAGGAGAUGAUGGUAUCCAAUCGUGUAAAUGCGAUGUGUAUUCGCGCUGCCGGCUUGGACGAGUUCAUAAUCAUGGGGCAUUUGGAACGGGAAUUUCCUCCAGGAAACGAAGCCCGGCCAGGACAAUCAACCUCCCCAUGGGGUGUUCCCAUGAAGGUGAUGGCUGACGUUCUCGAGGCAAUUGUUGCUGUUAUUUUUCUCUGGUACGGACCUUCCAGUGUCACGAAACUCUUAUUUCAUUUCUUUUACCCUCUUGCUCUCUUGUCCAAGCCCGCCGAUGGCAGUGGAGUCGCAAUUGAGGAAGUUGAUGCUGGUCCAUCAACGGAAGCUGAUAGACCUGUCUUGUCAUGAAUGCCGGAGGCUGAUGGAAGUGUCUUCUCAUGAACGCCAGAAGCAUGUUUGCUGAUGCCUGUGCCCUAAGUAGGCAUGUUUGCUGCCCAUCACACUCAUUGUAGAUGCCAUAAAAAUC